AUGAGUUAUUUUUUUCGAAGGUUGUCAUAUUAUCUUAGUGAACAUCCGUUGAUGACGAAUAUAUUUUUGAGCACUGUUGUCGGUUUUUAUGGUGAUGUCAUUUGCCAAUCUAUCUAUGAACCCUGGACAAAAACUCGACCAUCUAUCACACAUGAUUCCCUUCCUACGGAGAGUUCUCAGUCACGUUUUCUGAUACAAAUACCCUCGAUUCCUAUGUAUCUGCGAUCAAAGUACUACAAAUACGUUGGCAGCAUUGGUGAUGUUCAACAUGACACGAAACCCGAACCUGUGCUUCUUGACCUUCGGCGAAGUAUGAUAUUUUCGAGUUUCGCUUUUAUCUUUGGAGUGAGAUACUCCUUGAUGAUAUUUCGUGUGUUGGAUCGCCUGAUUCCACCGAAGAAUAUUUCCAAGAAAGCAGCACUAGGGAAGGGGUUUCUGAACUGGAUUUUUUCACAGUUUAUCAACCCAAUUUUUCUGAUUCAUGUGUCUUUGUUGAACCACUUUUUUAUUUAUCGCGACGGGAGAGACGGUCGGCGUCAGCUGAAUGAGAUGCCCAGAUCGAAGCUCGCUGAGGGUUGGUACAAUAUAGAACAGGGGGGUUCCGUAGUGUACAAAAUGGGUCAUUACUACUGCUUGACAGACGAUAAAUCGUUUAAUAUAGAAGAGUAUAUGAAAUGUGUGCUGUUAGAUAUGAAAAAAUGUUUCGCAAAAGACUUCAUCGAUAUCACUCGAUACGGAUUGGUAUUUUGGGGUCUGAACUGGCUCCCAUUAUUUUACUAUAUACCAUGUCAUUUUAGAAUAGCCUACGCAUCUUGUGCACAAUUAAUUUGGAGUGGCAUUAUGUCAUUUAUUUUUUACCGCGGAUAG